CUAUCUAGUGACUGUGUAAUGUGUUGCAUUCCACCGCAUAUUUUAGUGAGAAAUAAAAAAGAAAGUAAUAUUUAGGAGCUAUAUAUGCGAAUGCGAAUGCGAGGAGCUACAAGUUAGGCCAUCGGAAAAAAUGUGCAUCCUUAUGAGAAACAUGGCAACCACUGCACUCAACCUUGCUUUCCUGCUUCUCAUCAUCUGCACCGCACAAUCUUCCACUGCCGAACCAAACCCCCAAGAGUUCGUCAAGACCUCAUGCAGGGCCACUCGCUACCCUCUUUUAUGCGUCCACUCUCUGUUGGCCUACGCAACCGUCAUCCGCCGAAGUGACCGGCAACUGGCCAUGGCCGCUUUGUCGGUGACCAUAUCCCGCACCCGAUCCUCCGCGUCCUUCGUCAAGAACAUGUCGAAAGCGAGAGGCGUGAGGAAGGGUAGGGAGUGGAGGGCGGUGCAAGACUGCGUGGAGAACAUGGGCGACAGCGUGGAGCGUCUGAGGCAAUCGGUUAGGGAGUUGGGCCGCAGCGGUGGGCCCGCCGGAGAGGACUUCGUGUGGCACAUGAGCAACGUUCAGACUUGGGUGAGCGCCGCCCUCACCGAUGACAACACGUGUCUGGAUGGCUUCGGCGCUUCUGCCAGCGUCAAGGGUGGCAUCAAGGAUAGGGUUCUCCGUGUUGCUCAACUCACCAGCAACGCUCUCGCUUUCGUUAAUCGCUUCGCCUCAACCCACCCUACUCCUCAAACUCCUUAAGCUACCUAGGGCUGCUUCAAUCACUUUAUAUAUGGUAACCACUUUCAACAACAUAAAUAAUUAAAUAUGUCCCAACUCCCUCUUUCGCUAUUCGCUAUGCAUGCACCAUAUGCAUGUAUAUAUAAAAUCAGCAUCCACUCAGCUUUUGUAAUAUAUAUAUGUUAUUGCUGCAUUAACAAGUUCUUUUUCGGUCAGAAA